UUUUGCAGCCGAGUUGGCCGUGUUGGAAAGGCGGCUUGUCGUUUCCCCACAUGGCCUGGCCAUGAAUGGCGCGCCGUAUUGGUAGUUUACGUGGUUCAGCAGAUACCGAGGCACACGGGCGUAUCACUCCGUUGUCCGAUUUUGUUCGUCUCUAUCGAAAACGUGAUUCAUACUGCCUGUCACUCGCAAGGCGCAUCACAUCGCCGGUAGGAAGACGAAAAAAGAAAAACUUAUCUAGGCUUCCCGAAAGGCUCGCGUCACUUGUGUCUCGCGAUCUUUGUCUCGGCCAAGGCAACAGAGGACAUCAUUCCCUUCAGGCCCCACCGCCAGGCUGCUGAGCGGUGCAGCGCCAGGCAGCCAUGUCGUCAACCAAAUCGUGCGCAAACUGCGGCUGCAGCGAGAUCGACACCGAUCCAGCCCGUGGUGAUGCCGUCUGCAUGGGUUGUGGCUCGGUGCUGGAGAAUAACAUCAUCGUCUCGGAGAUUCAGUUCGAAGAGAAUGCCCAUGGCGGCUCACGAGCUAUCGGCCAACUCAUCACUAUGGAUGGGGGGCCAAGCCACACUAUGGCCGGAUUCCACCACGGGGCAGGAAAGGAGUCCAGGGAGCUGACGCUCAUGAAAGCACGAAAGAAGAUUGUGCAGGUGGCAGAGCGCCUGCGCCUCAACCAGCACUGUAUUGAGAUGGCCUUCAACUUCUACAAGAUGGCCCUGGCGCGGCACCUGACGCGAGGCCGGCGAAGCUCCCACGUGAUUGCGGCGUGCGUCUACAUGGUCUGUCGCAUCGAGAACUCGUCCCACAUGCUUCUCGACCUGAGUGAUGUCGUCCAAGUCAAUGUCUACGAACUGGGCAAAACAUUUCUCAAGCUGUCGGCGGCUCUCUGCAUCAACAUUCCAGCAAUAGACCCAUGCCUGUACAUUACUCGCUUCGCCCACCACUUGGAGUUUGGAGACAAGACGCACGAGGUGUCGAUGACUGCGCUGCGCAUGGUGCAGCGCAUGAAGCGGGACUGGAUGCACACGGGCCGUCGGCCGUCGGGACUGUGCGGUGCCGCGCUCCUCGUCGCCUCCCGGUUGCACGACUUCAACCGCAGCAUUCGCGACCUGGUGCGCAUCGUCAAGGUGUGCGAGACCACCAUUCGCAAGAGGUUAACCGAGUUUGGAGAGACACCAUCAAGCAAACUGACCCUCGACGAAUUCAUGACGAUCGACCUGGAAGAGGAGCAAGACCCUCCCUGCUUCAAGGCGGCACGCAAGAAGCAGAAGCAGAUUUUGGAGGAACAGGGACGCCUUGAGAAGGUGUCCGAGGAGAUCUCCCAGCUGCAAAAGAAGAUUGAGGCAGAGCUGGAGGACCGGCGGCGAAAGGUUCGCGGUCGCUUUGCCUCCCGUGCCAGAGAUGAGCGUUUGAGCGAGGAAGAGGAAAACCGAAUAUCGCAUGAGUUCAUCAUGGGAAACACCAUGGAGACCAUCGGUGCAUGCCUGAAUGAUUCCCAGCAGAGCAACGAGGACUCUGCCGCAUCAGGGUCGGCCACGGAGGAUUCGCUCACCGAGCGGUUAGUGCUGCGGCAAGAGCACGACGACUCUGACCCGGACGACGUCGAAUGCGUCGGCAUAGAAAAGCCCAAGCAGCAGAGCAGUAUCGUCACCUCUUUACGACCGACUGCCGCCACGUUGGGGCUGAAGGAAAGCAUCGAGGAGUGCAUGCGGGUCAGAGAUUGUGCUGAAACGACAACAGAGUCUGGUGUCCUGGACUUGGAAGGAUUGGAUGACGAGGAACUUGAUGCGUACAUCAUGACAGACGCUGAAGUUCGACUCAAGACCAAGUUUUGGAUGGACACUCACGCGGAGUAUCUCAAAGAGAUGGAAGAGAAAGAGGCAAGAAAAGCGUUGGAGGCUGAGGAGAAUGCCAACAAGCCAGAGGUCAAAAAGCGCAAGCGCAGGAAGAGGGCACCCAUCCAAGCCAACACUGCCGGCGAAGCAAUUGAGAAGAUGCUCCAGGAGAAGCGCAUCUCCAACAAGAUCAACUACGACGUCCUCAAGAGCCUCAACAACGAUAUGGGCUUCCCCUCUAGUGAACCCCAGCAGCGGAACUCCCAGCAGCAGCCUUCGGCCAGUGAGGCAGACAAAAGUGAAACACAGUCUGUCGUUUCUGAGCCAUCAAAGAAGAAAAUUCGCAAAGAGAACCCACUCUCAGACAGUGCAUUCAGUGCACUGAUGUCAACAGUCAAGUCGAUUGCUCUGAGUCAACAGAAGGCUAAUGCUGAAGUCCUCUCCGAUGAUGAGGACCUUGGAGAUCCAGUUCCACAGCCUGCUGCUGCCGCUGACAUGACUGCCAUGAAAGAACUAGAAGAAGAGAUUGAGUGCCUAGACGAAGAAGAGGAGGAGGAGGAAGAAGAGGAUGAGGAGGAUGACAAGGAGUACCACCUGAGUGCAGCUCAGCUUUUGAAUCAGCACAGAGGAGAAGAACAGGACGAAUUCGGAUAUCACGAGGAGAUCGACGACUACAUGGACUGACGGCACCCGCAGCCGUGUUUUAGGAUUUUCAAAUUAUCGCACAUCGUGAGCCAUUGCAGCGGCAUUGCCAACUUCGGAAUUGUGGAUGCGAACCACGGUUGUUGCAACCAAGGCACGUUCUGCUGCGAACAGCGCCAUUUUCUGACUGUGGACUCUCGGCGAAUUCAAGAAUGACUGUGAAUAAAACAUGAAGGGUUGUCGACGUAUGAACACAGAACAGGUGUUUGCGGGAGGCACGGUCGUAUAAGACUCGACCCAAAUUGCUGACUUGAAUUCUUACUACCUGUGUUGCUUUUGGCUGUAAGUGAAGAGCUGAUUUUCUGAGUCAGGUAGCUCCUUAAAAAUGUGUGUGGUUUGUUGCUCACGAAGGCUUUAAAGCAAUUGCUGAUACAGUCAAACCCCUGUAUAACGAAGUGCUUGGGGUAUCCAGGAAUUAUUCCUUGUACAGGUCACUUGUAAAGGUCGCGCACCGCACAGCUCGCAAAAUAACCAGGGCGUAAUUAUUCCUUCGUUAUAGCGGUCAUUUCGUUCUAGAGGCGCUUGACUGUAUGAUUCUUAUGUUUAGCCACGUCAGAGUAGAUCUUGUAAACAUGCUGGUUACAGUGCUACAUACACAUAAUACAAGCAUAUAGUAUAACUUUGUUAAAUGGUGUUGGAAAACGUUUUUUUUCUGGAGUGUCAUUUUUUAAAAGUUCGAUAUAAAGGGGCAGGGUAGCAUUUAUGGAAUACUAAUGAUAGCAAUUUUCACACAUGCUUAUAGGUAGGGGCUUUGAGAGGUUCAUUUCGAUGUACGGAAACAUCAUUUUAAAUGGUGCUUACGAGAUAUAAAGAGAAACCCACACCCACCAUGAAGCUCUUCCUUUGUUGUUGUUGCUUUUUUUGUUUUGUUUUUUCCACAUAACAUUCCGCACAUAAUAAUCACUUUUGUCAAGUAUUACUACGUUUAUCCUACACAUGCAUUUGAUGCAUUCUGUGCUGUAACUGGAAUGCCAGUUAAGCCAUUUGAUAUAAGAUUGGAGUGAAAAAGAUUAUUAAGCAGGGCUCACAUAAAAUGCCUUUCUGGCCGAUGCUCGCCAAUGGCAGCAUUGCACAAUUCAGCUGACAUUUGUGGUGUGUUCGGGAAUCUUUGUACUUGCAAGUGUUUCUCCCAAUCAGGCCUUUGCAGAGCAAUUGUAAAAGCAUAACACUGUGAUAGCACUACUGGUCACCCAGCACUGAGUCAUGCACGCUUCAUAGUGGGAGUCGCACAAAAAUUCUUCAUUGUACUUGUGACUGUCGAUACAGCUACGGUGGUAUUACUCAGGGCUUCAGUGGCGCAAAGAAGCAUUUUCUCUUUGUUUUUUAAUCACUGAGUGGCUGUAAUUACAUAUCAUUAUCUAUUUAUUUCUCUGUUGCUCUUCUAUAUGACUGUAUAUGCUUGUAGGCACAGAUAUAUGUUUUGUACAGCUUUUUUUGUACACGUGCAACUGGACAUUGUGGCACAUACUGUCAUGUGUGUAUGUAUAAGCACACAUUGAUUGUAGAUUGUGAGAAAGCAUGUGUUUAAGGGAACCGCAUUUGUACCAAGUUUAAACCAACCCCCCUCCCACCUUAUUUUUCCGUGUAGCACCCAGGGGAUUUUUAAAUGUGAAAGCACGCCGAAAUCGGGUGCUGUAAUGUCGGUUCUGGAACAUGUUCGCCAAAAGAUGAAUGGGUGCUUUGAAUUGUGGGGCGGUGAACUUGUGUUUGUUAGUGUGGUUAUAUUUACAGUGAAUCACCAAAGGAAGAUAGCUUGAAUGCACUAUAUAUUCUA